AUGGCCCGCGAUGGCAACGCUUCCACCUAUAGCGCCACCCGCCCCCAGGCCUGGCCCUGGUGGGUUGUGGACCUGCAGCAGCCGCGCAGCGUGACGGCAGUCAAGGUCAGGCUGCGCAAGGAUGCCCGGUUCAAGCUGGCUUGGAUGCACGACCUGGAGGCGCGAGUCGGGUCCACCCCACCCAGCCUCCGCACCGCGGCGGCGGCCAGCGCGGGGGGCAGCCCCCACACGCUCAAUGCCCGCUGCGCGCUGCUGCCCGGCCAGGCCGGCACCGCGCUGGGGCAGCUGCUGCGGCUGCAGUGCGCGCGCCCGCUGCGCGGCCGAUACAUCACGCUCCAGAUUCGGAGCAAGCCGGGCGUCAGCACCGACGUGCUGCAGCUUGCAGAGGUGACGGUGGAAGCCGCCUUCUGA